ACUAAAUAUAGACUCGGAACUCCCUCAAUCCAUUGCAUUCGUUAGUGAAGGAAAAAGACAAACACGCAGACAUGACAGAUAUUUAAUGUUGGGUUUUUUUUCUAAACCGUACCGAAUUCUUUACCUAACAAUUAAAUAUUUUUCAACGUUCACAUGGACACGUUCAUUCGUUUCAUUUCUUACCAACAGCAGACGCACACACACAUACACACACACACACACGAAGUUCCAUCAGUUUAAAAUGCCCUAACUAGGAACGGAUUACGUUUCUUGUGUUUUUAAAUGGGCAUUACUAAAAAGGUCAAAGAGCAUAGGUGAAAAGUUCAUGGACUAGCAUAAGUCCUCAGUUAGCAGACGAUUCCAGUAAAGAAGUAAGAAGACAAGUUUCUGCUAUACUCGACUCAGACUGGCGUGACGCUUCAGUGCAACUGAAAUCUCAAAGAUGGCGAGAAGCGUGUGUCCUGUGUCUAAGAAGAAUGUCCUGCGCGAGGCUGUGAAACAUAACGACUUUCGUCUGAUCACUGACAUGCUAUCGUCUGUAUACAGACUGGAUGGCUCGCACACACCAUUAGGUGUCGAAGAAGAAAUAUCUCUGGAUGAACUUCUAGCUGAAGCUAUUACUUUGAAGUCUCACCAUAUAGUGAACUUAUUGCUAAAUAAUGGCGCCAAUGCAAAUUCAACUUACAAAGAGAAGUCUCAACUGUUCAGAGCUGUGUCUUCAGGAGACAAUGACAUCAUCAAAACUGUCUUACAUUUCGGAGCAGAUGUCAGAGCCAGAGAACCGAAUGGCAAAACAAUACUUCAUCUAGCAGCCACGCAGUCGAGUCGAGAGAUCAUUUCUCUACUCAUGAACUCUGGCCCUGACAUUGAAGCCAGAGACAAAGUUCAAGGCAACACCGCCAUGCACGUGGCUUGCACGUAUUGCAACAGGGACGCCAUCUUGGUUCUCUUUGAACACGGGGCCAGCGUAAACGCUCUCAAUGAUCUAUGUGAGACUCCGUUAGUUAAAAUUCUUGGCGUCGUCAAAAGAAAAGCAGAUUUUCACGACCAUUCUCGACUAACUCUAGCAAAAGAACUCAUUCUGUUGGGUUUCGUGGUUCCCAGUUACAACUUAUAUUCUCCAAAACUCAGAUCCCCAAAUAGAAUCAGUCAAAGUACACAUUUACAAGCACAUAUAAAACAAUAUAAAAAAGAGAUCUCUUCAAGACAUGAAAGAAUACAGUCAUUGUAUUUCCAGUUAGUCCACAGUCUGUCUAACUGCUUGACUUUAGAAGGUCUCUGUAGACUGGUCAUCCUUCAGUGCUUAUGUCACAAGCCACUACAUACCAGCGUUGGCCAACUUGGACUGCCUAAUAGUAUGCAGCAAUACAUUAUCAGAGGGGAAAACCCAGUUUUAAUAAGGACUUAGAACUAUAAUAAGCAUGCGCUCUGACUUGUUGAACAUAGAUCAAUCAAAAUUUAACUUAAAUCAAGUUGCUUUGUCAUUUUAUUUAAAUUGAUCCAACUCAAAAACACGAACACAACCUUGGAAAUAAACAAAGUAAACUAAAUUAGGUAGGCUGUGCAGGGGACCUCAUGGUACAUGGCAAUGUGCUGUAGGAAGAUAUGUGUGUAGUCUGUAUUUAAAUUGGUUUGUAUUGUUGAAAGAUAUCUAUAACAGGCCUACCAAUAAAAAAAAAAGGAAGAGAUUGGUAUUGAAAUAUAUAAUUAAAACUUAAACCAUUAGACGUAGCUACAUUUGAAAUAGUUAAUAAUAAAUGCCCUCAGAGGCGUAGCUAGGGUGGGGGAAAAUUUGAAAAUCCCCCGGGCCCCCAAAUGAGUGUUUUUUUUACAUUAAAUUAUUACGCAAAAUGCAGGGGCCCCCAAAGAGGUCAAGCCCCCAAGGCCCCCAAAGGAUGACAAAUUCCUAGCUACGCCACUGAUUGCCCUGCACUCUUUUCUUUAAGAAAAUUAAUGCUUUGCUAGCCAUAAAAUUGUGAGUAAAUAGUAAAUAACCCAAAAACAACAUAGCAAACGAAUACACAUCAUGAACCAUUAAUUCGAUUUAUCCAUUGUCUUUGUAAAAUUCAGUUUCAAAUUACGUCGAUUCUAUCUGUGAAUUGUUGAAACAUUUUUUUAUUUAUGUUAAACAUAGCAAUGCUUUGGAUUGGAUAGGUCAAUGGAGAAUCGAUCAUUUAAGCAUUGUCAAUGUAAAAAAUAAAAGCUAUAAUAGGUUAUAGUGUCACUGUAUACCAUGAAUUUGAAGCAGUCUCUUUAUUUAAUAUAAAGAACAUUGUGAUUGUAAUAUUUACAGGUUCGCAAAAUAACCUUUAUAGAAUCCUAAAUGCUGCUGAUAAAAUCAUUGGCAAAAAACAAACCCCAUUUGGGCAGCUGUUUGAGACAAACAUCUAUUUAAAAAAAAAGCUUUUGUGUCAGGAUUUUGUGAUUUUACCAUCACAAAAGAGAUACAAGACACCGAUAGCAAAGACAAACAGACACAAACACUCUUUUGUUCCCCUGACAAUCAAAUCAUUAAAUAGGAACAAUCUGAAAUAAACUUUGUCACAUGUAAAUUAUGAAUGAGUCUGGGGUGAAUGUACACUUUGGUUUCUUAUAGUCAUAAUGUUUUUUGUUUGGUGUAAUGCACAAAUUGUAAGACAAAUUUUCAUACGGACAACAAAAAUUAUUAUUAUUAUUAUUAUUAAGUUGCUUGCACAUUUAUCUAUGAAAAGAAACUGCUUGAUGAGUUGUAGAAAUGGUGCAGAGCUCUUCUCACAGUGAGGCUGCUGCAGUAGAUGAUCGGGUUGAGUGUAGAGCUCAGGAGAGGCAACCAGCCCAUUAGAGUCGCCAACCACAUGGGCAUUUUCAUAGUGUCAUAGCGGUAUACACUGGUUACCAUGACUACCGGAAAGUAACAUGCAGACAAGCAGAGGAGAAUACACCCGAUGGUUCUAUACGCUUUACCACUUUCAAGAGAGCUGGAACGUUUGGCGUGCCUUUCUGUAAUAACAUUGUCUUGAACUGUAGUUAGAGCUUCAGAAGUAGAUAUGGUGAACUUUGGAUUGACAGUGCAGCUGUAGCUGCUAGAUGUAGUCGAGAUUAAUUCAACCAUUUUUACGUCUGCCCCCACUUUUGUUUUGCUUUUGGUGUGGAGAGUACCAUCAGUAAGCAACGAUUUUCUCUUCUUCACAUUUUUUAUUAUUUGCACCAAAAUGGCGGCGUAUAAAAUGUAGGUCGCCGCUAGGGGCGCAUACAGCGAGAUUGAAAUAGUUGUGAUAAGAAAUGUGCGGUUGAAAAAUCUUGUGCAGGUAGUGCUGUUCUCUAAUGACGUCAAAACAUCUUGGAGUCCCUGCUGGUGCCAAUGGUUUAUCGUGGGUAGAAUCGCUACCGCAAUUGGGAUUAUCCAUGACGCACAAAGCAGCAGGAUUCCAAAUCUCUUCUUAUAAGUUCGAUACUGAAACGGUUUUGUGACAGCAAGGAAUCGAUCCAAUGCCAUGCAGGUCACGUGCAGGACGGAGGCGAUGCUCAACAGAUGACUCACUUCAUAUCGAGCAGUGCACAUGAGCUUGGACAGUGUCCACUUGCCGUUGUAAACCAUUUCCACCACGUUGAAUGGCAUGACGCACACAGCAAUGAGCAAGUCCGUACAGGCCAGUGAGGUCAUUAACAAAAUGGGGAUUGCAUUACCUUUCCUUGUCCACUGGUGGUCAAUGGCGUAAAACUUGACCAGGGACAAGACAAUAACACUAUUUGAAAUCAAGGUGAAAAGGUUCACAACGAUGAGUACAACAGAAGUAGCCACUAGAGCCUUUAGAUUGAAGGUGAUAGAAACAUCUAGAAGCACAUGUUGACCUGAAGUGUUCGGAUUCAUGUUCACAUCAGCGUCUUAACAUUUCCUUCCAUACAAUUCGUCAUCAAAUGUAAACACAGUCCACAACAUUUAUUGAAAAUAUUUUUCCAUGGCGGAUAACAAUAAAAAAAGCUAGCUAUUUGGUGUAUCCAGUGUACAGAUAUUAGGAAGUGUUAAUUACCUGUGUAAUAUAGAAGGCUUACGCUCAAUUUUAAAGCCAUUUUAGCACUUUAAAAUCAAUGUUCUCAAAGCUCAUUCACUUGCAGCACAAACACAUUUUUACUUGUACUGUUUAGUUGCCAAACAGUGAUGGUUGAAUAUUUCGUCCUUGACAUUGUUAAGAAUUUUGUAACAAAUAGUGUGAAAAUCCCUAAUACGUCAACCGAUAUCAGAACUUUCAUGUUUUGUCCAUUUCUAUUUAUACAUAGGUAUAGUAUAGCGUCUAUUGAGGCAGAACGUCACAUGUAGUUACAAUGUUGUUAUCAGUGAUAGUUCUAGUCUUAUUGUUUCCAUCUAUCAGAUAGUAUUUAUAGACUCUCUGGUUCUGUUAGCAGUGUUCUCGAAUCACAGUAACAAAAUAUGUUUAUUUACACACACACACACACAUAUCCAUGUACACAUAAAUACACUCACAAAGACAUGAUGUAUGCACCACGCUACGUCAGAAGCUAAAAAGAGUUCCAAGUUGUCUCCCUUGUACUCACCCCCUCCACACAGUCACGACAACUUUUACCAUUCAAACAAUCAACUUGUGUCAUUAACGUCAACAAUUAAUCGACACUAAGUAGAUCUAUAUUGUUAGAUGGAUAAUCGAUUUUUUCACUUGAAGGUUGCUAUGGAAACGUUUUUGGGUUAGUGACGUUCCAACAAUGACGGCAAUGUCAAGGUUUCAAUACUAAUGCAAGCAGUACAUCGAUACGCAGGACUGGACAUGAACAGAACAAGUCUCAUUAACAAUGUGUUUUAAAAUGUGUAUCUUAUCAGGGCCGGCCUUAGAUAAUUGGAGGCUCCUAAAUGAAAUAGAAAAAUAAAAAAUAAAUAGCAAAAAUAAAAAAAU